AUGCAAGACUACGAAGUGCAACGUGAGGAAGAUGGAGUCAAAGUCCAAUCGAUUCGACCGGACUCGAAACCCUCACCAGUGACGGCAUUACAAAAUGAGGUAGAAGACGAAGGAUCACCACUGUUCGCGGCCAGAACGGACGACUGGCAAAGUGUGUCUGAAGACUUUGAGCCAGAUGAAUCACAACCAGCACCGGGGUCAGAUCAAAUGGCUCCACCUGCCGAUCUUUUACCGAGUCAUGACACUGAGUCUAUCGGGAGUCGUGGUACAUCCAGCCCCGGAAAGACUAGUCCCAUCCCGAAACAAUCAACGAGAGAAAUUCAUCAGAUGGUGGCCGAACAGAAAGACGUCAAAUCUGGCGGGAAACGAAGUCACAAACACAGUCACUCACGAAAAUCCGACAAACCCGAUUCCUCGCCAGCCAAUCAUUCUGAGCCCAUUAAUACCACUACUAAUACUAAUGUUGGGCCCGGAAAUGAGAGCAAAAGGAACACAAAGACCGCGGCGGGCAAUGCGAAUGUAGCGGGAAUCAAAUUGCCAAGUAGUUGGGCAGAUUGUGCCAAAGCAAUCAGGAAACAUUAUCAGGAAGAAGAGACACGUGAAAAACAGGCAGAACAAGCGCGAAAUGUGAGCGCAGAACAGGCUGCAUCAAUCACAAGUCCCCUGGAUAUGGAAGAAUCGCGUAACAGUUAUUCCGGAUAUGAGGCUGAUCAAGAAGACAAUGUGGUAAACAAAUCUUCCACAUUCGGUCAAUUGUCACCUGUGACCGGAGCCAGUCCGGAAGUCCCGGACGAAACCGAACCAGGACUGAUUGCGGCCGAUUCGAAUGCACCAGUAGCCACGGCUCCGUUGGUAACCAACCCACCAGACCGUGGGCUCAGUGACCACGGUUUGUUUGUGGGAACCGGCUGGCCCGGAAAGAAAACACACGAAUUGCAUGACAAAGCGCAGUACGCACAAUCCGGACAGGCCACUUCAAUCCCUUCGGCCGGAUGGGAAGCCACGAUGGCUGAAGUGUACGAGAAAACAUGCGAGCCAGAGAUGUGGCAGGUUCAGUUGGACCAGCAAUCUCGCUUACCCAAUAUCCCGUCGACUCCGUAUGAACCGAGCUCGCAUCCACCGGUUGACUUGUCCGCAAUUACAGAAAAAGUUCAACCGGACAUGCCUCACACAAAUGAAUCUGAGUUGGACAGAAAUCAUGGUCUAUUCAUCGGAUCUGGUUGGCCUGCAGUGAAACAGUCAAAAGACACUUCAACAGUGAAAGAAGCACAUAUCUCCAACAAUGAACUCGUUACACAAGCAGCACCGAUCAAUACACCAGNAUACACCAGCCGAGAUUCCACAGGAAUCCGCUCCAAUUGA